UUUCUUAUAACAGGUCAGUGAGAGAAGAGCUGCUGCUUCUGCUCUGUUUUAAUUUAUCAACACAGAUUUGAACACACAUUGUUGUGGAGGGAAGACAUUCCUACAGUCAGAUUUGCUUCACUGAUGAUUUGAAUAGUGGACUUUUUUGGCUGCCAGUGUGGAUUAUGACUCAAUGAUAAUAACUCUCCAGCUACCAGACAUGGAUAUAUACGAUAACAAAAUGUUUGUCUUCCUGAUUUUAUACCUCAAUCUUGUGUCAGGACUGGUCCUCCCUCAGCCUGAAAAUGUGAUCGUGAACAUUUCAGAAGGGGAGGUUAAAGUACAUUGGAAACAUCCUGUGGACGCUCCCCCAAACCCCCACUACAAUGUACAAAUGUCAAAGUACACUGAGCAAUGGUCCAUCGUAGCUGGCUGCACAGGGAUCAAAGAAACCAACUGUGACCUAAGCAGCCUUAUACAUGACUACCGCGCUUCCUAUAAGGUCAGAGUUCAGCUGGUUGUAGGAGAUAACAUGUCUUUGUGGACACAUAAGAAAUUCCUCCUAAAUACAGGUCAACUGCAGCCACCCUCCUUCAAUUUGUGGGCGACUUCCAGCACUAUCAAAGUUUAUAUUCACCAAAAACCCAUUCUGAAAGAACUCUUUCCUUAUGGGGUCACCUACACCAUGUACCUGGAGGAGACAGGACAAGACAAAAAGAAUACCACAGCAUACCUGGACGAUAACGUGGCUGAGGAUCAGAGGACUAAGACUUUCAGAUCCCUCCACUGGGGGAGAGAGUACUGUGUCAGCAUCAAGGUCGAGGCCAUUGGAGCUCUGCCCAGCAGCGGGGUGUCCCCAAAACAGUGUCUGCUGCUACCAGAGCAAGAGUGGUUCAUAAUUGCUGUAUCAUCCUUAUCGAUUCUGGGUGUGUUGGCCAUCAUUGCGAUCAUGGUAACCAUCCUCUUGUGCUACCUCAAAGGUCGAGAGAAAACACCUGCUGCAUUGAAAUCCCCUGUGAGUGGCUGGCUUCCACUUUCCGUUCGAGAAGGGACAGUAGAGGUUGUUACAGACAAAGCAUGGUUCCUGUCCAGCUACAGAACAGAAGUAGAGACCUGUGUCAAAGAUCCGAUGACACAUGUUACGGUAACAGAGGACGAUGGAGAGGAGGAGAGGAGGACUAGCAUGGACAGCGGAGUCAGCAUGGAGUCCAACUCUGUAACAAACAACGAGGGAAGUCCUCCAAUGAGACAAGAUGACAGUGGCUGUGGCAGCUUGGGAGGACCAGAGAGCUCCACAAGCUGUCAGGCAGAUUACCCCCUGCAGGAUGAGAGGACUGUUACCAACACUAGGAAGAGGGAGGAUAGUGGGGUGGGGCUGGGCUGCCAGGUGGAUAUAUCUUCCAUAAACCUAGAUGGACAGGACAGGGGGUCUCUAAAGGUGGCUGGGAGUAAUUAUCGCGGUCAGGGCCCCUGUGCUGUGCAGAUUAAUGUCUGUGAUGAGCAGGAGGUGUUUAAACAGAUGCUACCUGACUUGGUUUUGGCUGAUGUGGUGACAGGUUACAGGGCUGGGCCUCAAUCGUGUAUCUGCUCAGGAGCAGGUCAGUGCACCUGGUGCCAUAAACAAGGCCAUUAUGAAGCCGAAGUCAUCAAACAAUACAGAGCUGUGUGUUUUGAACAUGGACAAGUGAGCAACAAAUGUAAUUUUGUGGACUCUUACAAAGGGGGGCUUACAUUUUCAAGAUAUCACAAAAAAACACAAAUGGACACUGUUAUAGUGGAUGAUUUAGAUACAACUUUAAUACAAAUGGGGAAGACUUUCCCUUUGCUAACAACUCUAUUACCGCUUUCCUCAGUGGACGAAGUACAGGACUUCAAUAUGAACAAUGUGUCACUCUCUCUCUGUGACGUACAGCUGACGACUGAGUGAAACGCCAUGGAAUGCAACAACGCUAUUUAUAAAAUUAUGCUGAGACAACAAGUCCAUGUGCUAUGCUGGAGCAAUGCACACCCUUCUCGCCCAUGACACACUUUCUAUUCAUAAGAAGAAGCAUUAGUUUGUUUUGUGGGGGAGAGGAAAAACUUGAGAAUAGAAAAGGGGGAAAACUGUAAGGAGAGAAACAAAGCAAGCAACAUGUUGUUUUUCAACUUAGGCAGGAACUUGAGGUUAGACCACACAGCUGCAAGCUGUUAGCUGUCAGUUGCAGUUUCAGCAGCUUUUAGAGGCAGACAAUCAACUGACAAAGACUUUAUUCAACCCUGACUCGAUAUAUUUAAAACUGACUAAAAUAGUGUAUCCCGGAAGUGAAACUGGUGCGGGCAGCAACGCAGAGGAACGGUUUGACAGUUACGCACUUCUGGACAUUGUGAUCUCUCCCUGACUGACAACCUAAUAAUUACACUUUUAUGUUGGUAACCAACAUUAAAAGAUGCUAUAUUUUUUUUUUAACCACUACUUAAGUAUUAGACAAAGUGUAUGACUUGGAAGCCACUUUAAAGUAGUAUGAUCUUGUGCUAAACAAAGGAGUUCAAUUUCCCUACUAUAAUUUACGAUGAUGUGCAGGACAUUUUAAUCACAGAUGUGAAGCAUGUGACAUUAAUAUGCAAAGCCAAUAGGCAUAAAGUGUGUCUGAGCUACUUCCUUUUUUUUUUUUCAACAAAAUUGUUUAUUUAUUUUGUAUUUCUGUCAGUAUGUGUGUCUCCUAUUCUACAUGUUAAUUAAAUACAUGUUCUGCC